UGGUCGUUGACGGCACGCACGCGUUUUGUCCUCUCACUGCGCGUAUUUGGGUCUAGGCUAUUCGUUUCACGCAUUGGACCCCCUCCCCCGAUUUCCCAUCUCUCGCUUCCAUCCUAUUACACCCUCUCCGCCCCCAGCGAGACACUUUGGGAUGGAGUGAGUGCAUGAGAGAGGGAGCCAGAGCGCGGCAGCCGAUGCUCGGGAUCUCAUCCUGCCUCUUUCCCCUGACCGAACAAAGGACCUGCACGCGAUUUUUUAGGCGCACGUACAAUUUCCAUUUUUGAAGCGGUUUCUUCAGAGAAGAAUACUAAGCAGCCCUGCCAGAGUCUCUGGGAGAGAGAGGAAGCCUGUCUGGUGGUCACCUAGCACACUGGAGCCACGGAGACAACCACUGAGCCCAGCACGGUCUCCAUGGAUAUGGACCAGCAUCCAGCCAGCGCUGGGGAGACCCCCGUCGCCGUGACGAUGCAGCCUCCACCCUCGGAGACGGACUCGUUCCCAUGCCUACGGCCGCUGUCGCUCCCCCAGCAGCACGUGUCCUCGGAGGUGGUGGUGGUGGUCAAAGACAAGGCGGAGAACGGUGGGACAGGAGGACUGAAGAAGAAGAGGAGUGAGUCUCUGAAAUAUCACAGCGUCCACUCGCCGGGGGCCACCUCUCCGUCGUCGUCGUUCGUGGCGCGUGGCCCACCGCGCCGGAGCCACUCCAUCCCGCACGCGCACCACCCGCAGCUGAGCCGGACGCGGCCCGGCAGUCGCAGCGGCUCCAUCGCCUACACGGCCUUCUCGCCGCGGCCGUCCAUCUCACGCCACUCCAGCAUCGCCACGACGACCGGCGUGGCCGACACCAGCAAGCCCCGAGACUACCUGCUGCUCGCCGUCAUCGCCUGCUUCUGCCCCGUCUGGCCCAUCAACAUCGUCGGCUUCGUCUACUCCAUCAUGUCUCGGAACAGCCUAGAACAGGGGAACAUCGACGGUGCGCGACGCCUGGGUCGUGUUGCUAAGCUACUGUCCGUGGUGUCGCUGGUGGGCGGUGUGGUCAUCAUCGUGGCAUGUGCUGUUAACCUCUCCAUAAAUGUGAAGGCCUGAGAGGAGGAGCGGCACUCGCCUGGCCGGAGACUCUGACCCUUGACCCCUGUGGACUACGCGGCGUAUCCUCAGCCCUCUCGAUUGCUUCAUCUCUAUGACGACCCCCCCCCCCGUUCCCUUAUUUGCUAGAUACCUCAUCUCAGCAUCCCUUCAGCUCAUCCCUGCGGAAUGCUGUUGCCCGGGCUUACCGUAUCCUUGGAUCACAAAUGAUGCUGCCGAGAGGCUCACAAGUGAGCACUGACCCGAUUCUGGAGUGGAUCGGACCUGGCUCAACAGCACCCGUGUCACCUUCGUCCACCCAGAACCUUUCGAUCAAAGCCCCCGGGUCACUCCGACAGAUCCACUCUCAGGACCGUCCGGCCCUUCGGUGAGCGAAUGAUCCCCUCCUCUAACAUGGAGUGCUGUUGCCAAAUAUACAGCUGUAACCACGGCGACCUCUAUUAGCUCACAGCUUUAGAUGGAGGACAGAACUGUAACCACGGCGACCUCUAUUAGCUCACAGCUUUAGAUGGAGGACAGCUGGACUGUAAGCACUCUGUUAGCUCGAAGGAGAGAAGGGUUCAGGGUGACGGACAGAAAAAAGGAUGAAGAGGGAGAGAGAGAGGGAGAACAGUGCCCCCCCCCCCCCCCCCUCCAUCCCACCACACCCCCCCACGUGCUUCCGCUAUGUGGCGCGGCCCACUUUCAGCUGAGUCUCGGAGAUGACCCGGCCCCUCCGUCGUCACGGUGACACAGCACUGAAUCUGACCAGACAUGCCGCACAAACCUGAGGGGACAUUUCUGUCUUGAGAGUUUAGGGGUGGGAUUGGGGCUGAGUGUGUGUGUGUGAGAGUGUGUGUGUGUGUGAGAGUGUGUGUGUGUGUGUGUGUGUGUGUGUGUUUGUUUGUGUGCGUUUUGGGGUACUGCUUUACACCAAGCAGUCCUUGCCAGCUCUCGUCAUGCUCUCCAAUGCUACUGCAGUGGACAGAUCCAGAGCAAUUGGGCGGGAUGUGCUACAACCUGACACAGCUGAUGAGUCAGGCAGAACCGGAUGGAACCAGACGGAACCCUGCAUUGGAGAACGCACUCACACACACACACACACACACACACACACUCACACUCGUCAGAGAUGGACAGAGACUUGUGUGGCCCCUCUUUCCCUCGCCCAUCUUUCACCUUCAGAGCAGAGGACAGAUUUAAUAUUCAAGCUGCUUGCCACGCAAGGACUGGCACGCAUACACACACACACACACACACACACACACACACACACACACACACACACACACACACACACACACACACACACACACACACACAGGUGUUUGGACUUGGAGUGGACUUUGAGAUGUCUAGAGCAAAUCUCAGAUGUGACUCUGUGCUGAGAUGUGCGGCGCCUGGGCUGCAAAUGGAGGCCGCUGAAAGAAUGUGAACACAAGCAGGGAGAACUAUGGACUAAUACAAUGGGAGAUAGAAAGAGAGAGGAGCGAGUGAAAAAGAGAAAAAGAGAGAGGGAUGGAGAGAAUUAGAAUAAGAGAGAUGGAGAGAGUGUAAACUCGUUUAAGAUCCCUGACUCUAUCCUUUGAGACACUCACACUGCAAAGUGAAGCUGAAUGGCACAUGUACUCAACAGAUUGAGACACUCACAUUGCAAAGUGAAGCUGAAUGGCACAUGUACUCAACAGAUUGCCCCCCCCCUCCUGUGUUGCUGUGAUUAUCCUCAUUAAAGCAAAACACGGCACUUCACCAUGCCAACUUGCAACUUGCCCCCUCUUUCCACCUUUAUCACUUCCACCCCCCCCCCCCCCCCCCCCCCCCACACACACACACACACACUGACCCCUCCUCAGCGGUUCAGUGGACACACUGGGGUCUGGCUCAGAGCUCUGCUGAUGGCAAACACAAAGACGAAUAUUUGGCCACACGUUUUUAAACAGCUUUUAAUUUUUGUGAGUUCACUUUGAACAUCUACACACACAGGCGAGCAAACACAGCUGCUGGACUAAAGGUCACCAUAGAAACAUGGCUGCUGAACUAAAGGUCACCAUAGAAACAUGGCUGCUGGACUAAAGGUCACCAUAGAAAUUUAAACAUUUUAGUUCAUUUUUAUGGGUAAAUUAGUUAAUUUGGUUCACAAAAACGUUGACAUUUUCAAGUUAAAAGAAAACACAUUUGCCUCGAUUGUUUGCCAAAUGUGAGUUCCAGAUCCCAAAUGUGAGCGCAGCUCCAGAUCCCAAAUGCGAGUGCAGCUCCAGAUCCCAAAUGCGAGUGCAGCUCCAGAUCCCAAAUGUAAGUGCAGCUCCAGAUCCCAAAUGCGAGUGCAGCUCCAGAUCCGGCCCAGAUCCCAAAUGUGAGCCCAGCUCCAGUCCAGUCUGGCCCAGAUCCCAGUUGUGCGGGCAGCUGCUGUUGAGCAAACCCAAACAUUGCUACUGACACUACAAGCUACAAGUCACAUCAACUUGUUUUUUAGACAUACUUAACAACAACUCAGCUCUCCCUCUACAUAUAAUAUAUAUUACUACUAUUUCUUCCUGUACAGUAUACUGUUAAUAUUUACACAUAUUAUAUUCUCUCUAUAGCCUUUUGAUACUGGACAGGCAUCAAUACUGUGUUUAUAUGUCAUUAUGGAAGCGAUGCGCAUUAGCGGUUAGCGAUGUCUCUGUGUUAGUCAGUGUUAGUGUGUCUGUAGGCCAUUUAUGUAGCUGGGUAGCCCAGGCCAAGCCUCUGUGAAUUGGGCUGUGGUUGCAAAGUGCUUGGCUCGGGUGGUUUUAGUGAACCCCUCUCUUCCAGGAGAUUAUGUAUGCGACAGACAGACAGACAGACAUGUCGCCUCAUACCCAGAAGAAUUCUGGGUACCUGGGCAGUUGCUAUGGCGACUUCCAUGGCCACAGAAGAGAUGAUCCUGUCACUUUCAGCAUAUUUUUGUACUGCUGUCAACUUGUGUGCCCUGGUGUUGUGUGAUGUGAACUUACUGUGAAGUAUUUAAUCUGAACACAAAAUGAGCCUUUGUGUGUUUUUUUUCUAAAUAACUAGAUGCAUCACCAAAGAGUGAUUAUCUAUAACUGAUAUAUAACCUUUUGUAAUAACCUACUGUGUUGUCACCGGGGAGUUCGCUCACCACUAGCAUAAGGGAAACUUGAUUGUUGCUGUGUGAUCCUCUAUUUUUGUAGCACAGUGUUUUUAUAUGCGCAUAUACAUAAACAGAAACAUAU